UUAUUUUCCACAGUCACACGCACGUUGUGCCGCUCACCGCUGUCCUGAGGUUAGGAAGCAGCUCGUGUUAUUUAUUGUUUAUAACAGUGAAAUGUAGUGAAUAAAAAAGCUAUUCAAAGAAAUAAAUAAAAUUUGCUAAAGUUUAGCUAUCAAGAUGAAGACUAAACCGACUAGACAUAAGGAAACGAAUACAUUUAAGUUUAAACCCUUCUCUGAAAGGGUUAAUGACAUCGAUGUUGAUGUCUUCCACAAAGUUGCCCAUCGUAAUGAGGUAGUCACUGCAGAGGAAACCGAAACCUUUUUCUACCAAUGUAUUCAAAAAUGGAACUUUCUCAAUCUUUCACAAAGUUAUUCCAACUUCAGAAAAGAAGUAGCAGACAUAAUUACUCUACCUCAAUUACUUAAUUGUAAACAACAUGUUGUAGAUACAUUGUUAAAGUAUUUGAAAUUGAAAGAUCCAUUAUGCUUGCAAACUAUUUUUGACUUGGUAAUUGCACUAGCUAAGGAUUUAGAAAUAGAUUUCUAUGAAUACUUUCCGGAAUUCCUAACAAUUAUUAUAGAUUUGUUGCAAAUAAGAGAUGCUGAACAAUUGGAGAACACUUUCCAUACUCUAGCUUACCUGUUUAAAUUUCAAUGGCGUUAUAUGAUAAAAAAUAUUGACACAAUUUUCAAUUUACUUGUGCCUUUACUAGCUGAUACACGGCCACCUUAUGUAAAUAACUUUGCUGCUGAAAGUUUCGCAUUCGUGGUACGAAAGGUUAAAGAUAAAGAAGCUUUUCUGAGACUAGUAUUGGGUGCUCUAGAGCAAAAGCCAGAUGGAGUUGUAGGUUGUGGAAAAUUACUUUUUCAUGUUCUUGCUGGUGUUCCUGGACAGUUUCACUCGUGUGCCGAGACAAUGCUUAAUAUCUACCUGAGUGCAUUGCAGGAUUCAUCAAUCAAGCAGCAACAGCUUCUCUUCGAAGUAUUGUCAACUGUUUUUAAGUGUAUAUCCAGUGAAAUCCAUCCACAGAAAUGCGACGUCUUGUGGACUGUCAUAUUCGAAUCUUUGGAUAAGUUUUCUUCAAGUUCAUUAAUUUCCUUGUUGCGCUUGGUGCAGAUAUUAAUUAAUCACAAGGGAGGAGUGAUGCUCAAAGAUUCUGUACUGUUAUCCAAAAAGUUUGCAGAGCUUAUUGACAAAUACGAGGCUAAUGAGGAACUUUUGGAAGAAGCCGCGAAUGCCACUGUCGCGACUCUUCUUGCCUCGAACGUCAAAUUGCUGCAAGAAACUUCGAGCUUUCUUAUUUUGAAAUUACUGUCUAUUGAUAAUUUAAAUUUGCUGCUGAAAAUUACGGAAAAACUCAUUGUUUACUCUUCAUUUGAAACUUUGGUACUACCCCAGCUGUUUAAGAAGAGUAGCUUUUCCACUUUAGACGGAAAACUGCUAGGACUCCUUGCCAAGAUUGUGUAUGCAAAAUCUCCUCCGUCUCUCAGCGGGAUAGGUUUUGAAAACUGGAGUAAAUUUGGUCUCAAUGUUCGUAACAAUGCUCACAAUGUUACAUUUUUAUCACAACUUUUAGAUUCUCUGCAGCAGAGUGAGGGUGAAGUAAAAGAAGAUGCUUUGAAAGCCCUUAUUAUACUACCCCAUUUCACUCUGUCUCUGCAAGAGCAGCUUCGGGAGAAUCUGAACGAAUGUCUCUCGAGUUUGUACAAACGUGUGCUUGAGAAGAAAGAACAUCAGUCCAAGAUUAAUUUUGCGUUUCUUCUCGCUAUCGAGUGCGUAGCCCGUCUUACCAAGCCGGAUGACUUUUACACUGUGAUUAAUUCCCAAUCAGAUGCGAAUCUUUUGUCAGCCGUUGUCUUACACGACAACGAUGUUUCCAUACUGAACGCCCUGGAUAUUUGCUUUAGUUACUUGAAGAAUUCGAGCUAUGCGGAAGAGUACAUAAAUCAGAAGAUAUUUGACAUACUUCACAACUUACUAGUUUCGAAAUUAGGUUCGCCAAAUUCUCAGAUCCGUCUAACAAUCUCUCACCUCUUCUCUCUCUUCACGAGUGUACCAGCUCUCACCCACGAGUCAGAGGACUUAAAAGUUUGCAAUGCCAUCGAACUUCCCUUCCUAGCCGAGAGUGAGCAGGUAACUGUGCACAAGUAUCGAUCUCGCUUAGUCCAUAUUCAGCCGUUAGACUUCCAUGGGGCUUCGGUGAGCCAUAUUAACUCAAAUUACUACGAUUUACCGCUGCACUACCUCUUUGGCAACCUCUACGUCAAUUUCUCGCUGCUUUGGGAGCCUGUGACACAGGUUAUAAGUUCUUAUGCGACAACGGAUUGUUCGCAAUUUUGGAGCGUGUUUUUGGCAAAGUUGAAGGGAGAAGAAAAUAUUAAGAUGGUUGAUGCGCCGAAUUUCGAGUGUGAGAUUCUAGAGAGUUUGUCUGGAAAGAUUUUGUCAAUGAAAGAUAAGAUUGAUUAUGAUAAUUAUAAGCUACUGCUGUGGAAGUGUAUGGGUCAGAUUGUUAGUUAUUGCGAGGUGAAGAACAGGGAUUACGUAGGCUUGUUUAUUGACUUUGUCGAAGGAAACUUCUUCAAAUCGAAUUCUGAGGAUGCCAAGUCUUGCAGCGUCAAGAAACGAGAGCAGCCUAAAGAAACUCAGGCCCCUGAAGUCGCGGUGGAGAAAGCAGAUCAAAAAGACUCUGAAGAACCUGAGGACAAAAACGAAGAAGAGGGGGAUGACGAAGCAAAAGAAGAAGACGAAGAUUCAAAACCCCAGCUAGGCAGAAUCGAACGUGUGAAGCUUCUUCUAGCGAUGCUUCAGGUUUUCGGCAAAUUCACCAAUGUUCGUUCACUGUAUCGUGAACCAGAGAUUCUGCGUAUCUACUUGGACCUUCUCUCUUCCAAGAAUUCUGAAAUUCAGAAGGCAGCUCUCCAUUGCCUUUAUACCUAUAGACAUAAAUAUCUGACGCCUUAUAAGGAGCAACUAGAUAACAUAGUCGACGAAAAGAAUUUAAAAAACGAGCUGGCUCGUUUUCAGAUCAGCGUUGGGGAAGGUAUUGAAGCUGUUGUACAGGAAGAACAUCGCGAGGGAUUGAUACCUGUACUGAUGAGGAUCUUGCACUCGAAGAUGUCCCAGAGAGUGGGGAUGAGGACUGGUGGUAAAACUGGCGGACUUGUUAGAAGAAAGACUAUUUUGAGAUUCUUGGCCGGAGUAAAGGAAGAAGAAAUGAUGGUCUUUGUACGCAUGGCUUUCAAGCCUUUCCAAAAUUACUUACCCAUACUUAAGCUAGAUGAAGCCUCUUAUGCAGCUGGGGGAGUCGACCUUCAACAGAUGGUACAAGAUAUCUUCAAGAAUAUCAAUCUCGAAAAUGUAGUCCCUCCCAAACGUCUUUCAAGUGCUGUAAACCUAUUGGCUGUGAUAAUCGAACAGUUUGGUGGAAAGAUGACAGAAAAGCUUCUGCCACAUCUCCUCGCCAUACUCAUUUGCAUUCUAGCACAAGUUGCUGGAAUUCUUUUAAAAUCAUCUGAGGUGCACUCAGGUUAUUUGACUUCAUUAAGAAACGUAAGGAACAACUGCAUCAAUGUAUUGGCACGGUUCUUUGCUCACUUUGAGAAUUAUGACUGGACUAGUAGCGAGAUUAACGCUUUGUUCCAAGUGGCAGUGUUCCCCUGGUUAAAUAAACUGCCCGUGGAAGGUAUUCAUAGCCCGACACCAUUGUUAAAAAUGUUUGCAGCAUGGAGUCACAAUCCAAGAUACUAUCCGCUGUUUGUUAAACUUGAUGAGGAUAGGAAAAUGACGCCAUUAGACUCGGUCAUCAGAUUACUGCUUGGCCUUAAGACGCACAAAUCUGUCCUCCAGAUGAUUCUUGACAUGGUGGAGAAGAUGCUAACUCUUCAGGAUUUCGAAAAAGAAAAUCCCGAUCAGUUGAUGGAGGUAGAUGAAUUCAAACCUAAAUCCUUGAUGCCCACUGUUACGAAUAAACUGCAAGUUGAGAAAAAUGACUCCAUAAACUAUGGCUCGGCUAUCUUACUGCCGCACGUGACGGAUAUUCUCGUGUACAUCGAACGUAAACUGAAAAGGCAGGCUAGACAAGGUGCUAGUCGAACUGAACUAGUCAUCCUUUCACGCAUCUCCGAGUUCGUCUCAGACUCGAAAACCUGUGAUACAUUAUUAACUCUUGUUUUGCCGAUUCUACAACGAAAAUCUGGCGAUUCUGAAGAGGUUGUCAUGCAGUUGUUGACCACAGUUACUAAUCUUUUGAAACAUGUUGAUGAACCAAAGAAACACCUGAGAUCAAUUCAACAUCUCCUAGCUCAGAUCACAGCUGCACCAGCUAGAAAAAUGUUAAUGCAAGUAUUAAUUGGUGUAGCCAGGGAUGAUGAACAAAUGAAGAAAAAUCAAAAUCUGCUAGCAGAGCUCAACGCUUACGAUCAGAGAUGGAUUGAUCAGCCAGAUUUCCAGAGGAGGCUCGACGCCUUUAGUGAAAUUGAUAGAUUGAUAAAGGAGGAAGAGGCAACUUUGGAGUUCGGCGUAGCAGUAAUUCUCAACUGUUUCUUCUUUUUAAAAACUGAAAACGAUCUGGCGAUGAGGGAUAGAUCCGGGCAGUGCCUUAAGUCUAUUGGCCUGUAUCUUGCCAAGAAGUAUAGCGAUAAUUCAACGGACAGAAAAUAUCUUAUUGAGGAUACGAUUCUCACCAUGGUGCGUCAUGGUAUCAGAAAACAAAAUGAUAACGUGAAGUUCCAAUCCAUAGCUUUCCUAGGUCACAUGGCGAUGGAGUGCCCAGAAGUACAUCCCGUAUUGCGAGACCUGCAUGCCUUGACUAAUAAGCAGGAUCCCGAAGUCGACUUUUUCGAAAACAUGCAGCAUCUGCAAUUGCACAGAAAAGCAAGAGCUCUGCUUAAGUUUUGCAGUGUAGCUAAAACAUUGACGAAAGCACCCAACCCCAGGACGCUUACGCAGUUCGUCUUGCCGUUGGCAUCUUCUUAUUUAUGCAAUGAAAAGUUCUCAAACAAAAACAGUAUAGUAGAUGCAGCGAUCGAGACAAUUGGAGUUGUUUGCAGGCUGCUGCCAUGGAACCAGUAUGAAAUCGUAUUGAGAUUUUAUUUGGAUAAACUGAGAACUUGUGUAGAGUUCCAGAGGCAGGUUAUCAGAAUCGUAGUUGCAAUAUUGGAUUCUUUCCACUUUGAUCUGUACAAGUUUAAGGGAUUGGAUGAAGAUAUUCUAAAGAAGCGUGGAGAGGAGAGUUUAAUGCAAGUAGUGGCAGUCGAUGAUGAUCUCAAAGCCGAAGAAGAAGCAGAAGCACCAAAAGAAACUUCGACAGAAUUAACUUCAAAACUUGCUGCAUCAAAACCAGAUGAUCUCGUAGAUUCCGAAGAGGUAACCGAUGAGCAUCUCGAUGAAGCUCUGAAUGAUGAGGCGAUCGCGGACGCCAAUGAAGAGACUGAAGAACCAUCUGAAUCUACCAGUAUCCAAGAAUUAACUCCAGCAAUGGAAAAGAUGACAGUGCUGUCACAGUAUAUGGCAAAGCGACUAGUCUACAGCAUCUCGAAGGGUCUGUUGCCUCAGCUACACAAGGCUAUUGCGGUGAGGACACGGCACGAGGGUAGCCACAAAGUGAACAAGAAGAGGAUAAGUACUGACCAGGAAGAGGAGGAGCUUAUGCGGGUGCCCAUCGCUUUGGCUAUGGUGAAACUGCUGCAAAAGUUACCUCAGGGAAUGUUGGAUUCAAAUUUGAGAGGAAUAUUCACCAAGAUCUGUACCUUCUUGAAAUCACGUUUGGAAUCCGUGCGACGAACUACACGUGAGAUCCUCCAAAAGAUCAUGGUAACCUUAGGUCCGGAUUACUUGCAUCAUUUGCUCAAGGAGAUGAAUGCAUUGCUGACACGUGGAUAUCAAGUUCACGUGUUGACUUUCACAAUUCACGCGGUGCUUGUUUCUUUGAAACCAUACUUUAAGCCCGCGCACAUGCGUUCGAAUUUAUCGAGUAUCUUGAGCGUAUGUAAGAUUGAUUUGUUCGGCCCAACUGCUGAGGAGAAAGAAAUUGCUGGAAUUGUAAAAAAUGUGACAGAAGCCAGAUCCACAAAGAGUUACGACAUCUUCCACAUAUUGGGAGAAUUUAUUAAUGAAGGUUCUCUGAUAAAUGUGGUGAUGCCCCUAAAAGAGGUGCUGUCGCGUACUCAUUCGCAUAAAACGGUGCGUAAAGUCGGAGAAUCUCUUCGACAAGUAGGUUUAGGAUUGGCGGACAACAAGUAUAUAGAAAUUGAAAAAAUGUUGAAUUUCUUGUACGGGGUUGCUUCCGAAAGUAUCCCACAGUUAAUGCCCGAGAACAAGAAGAAACAGGAGGCCGUAGAGGAGAAGAAGAAAGCUGAAGCUGCAAAACAGAAGCAAGACUGUUUUCUGAUUCAACCGGCACCAAAGACCAGGAUGGGUAUAAAGGCUAUCGCGAAAACGUCCAAAAAUACCAAUGCGCACGUAAUGAUUGAGUUCAGUUUGAGACUGUUACACAUAUUGCUGAAGAGGGAUAAAGUUAAUGAUUUGAAAUCUGUGAUGGAUCCUUUUGUACCGAUUUUGAGUGACUGCUUAAAGUCUCAACAUGUCAAGUUAACCACAUUGGCUUUGCAAUGUUUGGGUUGGAUCCUAAAAAUCGAUCUUCCUUCAGUACACUCAUCGAUAUCGGAAAUGUGCAGCUCUAUGUUUAACAUCCUUCACAAAUACGCCGUGGCUGGUCUCAGUAAAGGAGACAACUAUGACCUGGUGAUGGCCGCCUUUAAAACCAUGUCCGUUCUUGUACGGGAUGUCAAGCAUUUUGUCAUCACGUCCGAUCAGCUGAAGGCGCUACUGAUCUAUGCUGAACAGGACCUGCACGACAGUGACAGGCAAGCCACUGCCUUUGGCCUUCUCAAAGCCAUAAUUCAUCGUAAGCUGGUGGUGCCGGAAAUGCACCAGGUUAUGGAGAAAGUCGCGAUAUUGAGCGUGAAUUCAGAACUCGACAAUGUUAGAAAACAAUCGCGUGCUGUAUUUUACACUUACCUCGUAGACUAUCCUCUGGGGAAACAGUUAAACAAACACAUAUCGUUCUAUGUGACACAACUGGCUUAUGAACUGCAGCCCGGUAGACUCAGUGUUCUGGAGAUGAUCUACAGCAUUAUUACUGGCUUCCCACUGCCGAUACUUGAGAAACACUCGGCUCUCAUUUUCUUGACGGUCGGUGCUAGACUUGUGAAUGAUGACGAUGCGAUUUGCAAGAAAGUGUGCGCCAAAUGUAUCAAAGAAAUGAUAACUCGUGUCUCGCACAACCAGAGGCUUAAGCUUUUUGAUAUUGUCGUCACAUGGAUGAAAGACAAAAAAUUAAUACAUCGAAGGUUAGCUGUUCAGCUCUGCGGUAUCUUCGUAAUGGUAGAAAAAGACUCGUUUGAAUCCAGACUCGAUAACCUGCUUCCUUUACUAACGAGACAGUUUUACGCAACCGACAAUAACGCCAACGACGAGAAUCAACCUGGCCGCUUUGUCAAAAUACAAAAGCAAGAGGAUGAUGUACACGAUGAGAAGAUAACAGAUCCAGAAAGACUAAAGGAUCAUCACCUCUUUCAAGUACUACAGCUGCUGCUAAAAAUAUCAGCGAAUUGUACGUCAUUUUUGAAGGACAAAAAGUAUCAGGAAUUUAUUGACACCUUUGCAGAACACAGUCAGUCUUUAUUAGCGCAUCCUCACUUGUGGGUGAGACUGGCUGCCUCUCAGUUGCUCGGAUUUAUUCUUGCUGCCCUUGACGUUGAUAAGAUAGUCCAUCUAAUGAAUAAUCCUGACGAGGUCAAUCCAGACGACGGGUUUGUAUACUCUGAGCCAGUGGACAAACUAAGAAGUCUGAUACUCGAUUCGACGGCUCAGCUGCAGCCAGAGACGGAAUUCGAAGAGCUAUACGACCAAGUCAUCAAGAAUCUAGUUUUCAUUGCGAGACUAUUAAAAAUCACGAGCACCGAACAGGAAAAUGAAAAUAAAGAAGCGGAAAGCAGUAAAAGUGAGCUGUCACUGCUUUGGCUUCUGAAAAAAUUGAGGAAGUGCAUCAAUCUUGAAGUAUCGCAAGCGCCUAGAUCUACGGUUGUUCGAACUUCAGUCUUUAAAUGGAUGGCUGGUGUAAUCGCGACUGUGGACAUCGAGUCUCUAAAGCCGAUACUUUUCCACUUCAUGUCUCCCUUAGCUAGGGAAAUGGCAACGAUAGAAGAAUCGAACGCUCCGCUGCGCCAGUUAGCAAAAGAGGUUGCUACGAUGAUCAAGAAGAAGACGAGCGUCGAGGAGUACACCCGGCUGCUGAGCCAGGCGCAACAGAGAUUGGACACGCGACGAGCGGAGAGGAAGAAAGUUCGAUCGCAACAGUUUGUCACUGAUCCUGAAUUGGCAGCCAAGAGAAAGAUCGCUAAGCAGCAGAAGAAGAAGGUCGCGCGAAAGAGGAAAAUGGAUAAUAUGAAGGGCAAGAAGGUUAUGAGGAAAAAAGUGAAGAGGGAAGUCGAUUUGGAGGUGACUUAGUUUUGUGAGCUGUCGAUUCCCUCCGUAAUCGUGUAAAUAUAAUGUUGUUUACUUUUAUAAUAAUGAUCAAGUGCACUGUACAUAUUUGUUUAUGUAUUCUAAUGUUGAUUAGAAAAAAGAAUAUAAAUAUAGAAAUUUAAGAUUCAUGGCGUCAGUCUGAAAACAUAAA